CUCCACUUUAUCUUUCUUUCUCUCAGUCUUUCUCUCUCCUGUUCUUUGACUUCUAGACAUUUGAAGAUUGAGAAGUCCACUUAGAUGACCCCUCAAUCCCUCUCUCUCUCCUAAUAUCUUUCUCUCUCUCUCUUUCUUUUUGGCUCAGUUUGGGCACUCUUUUAAUCUCCAGUGUCAGCCUUCACUUUCUUCCCCCAAGUCCUGCUUUUGCUCUGUGGAUUCAGACCACCUCAGCCUCCUUUCCCUCUUCCCUACUCUUUCUCGUCUCUUUCCUCUCUCUGAUUCUCUUUCUCUGGCCAUUGAAAGUGCCCGGCGCAUGCCUGUCCUCUCAUGUUAGAGUGGUGUCGGUCCAGGCGGAUCUAACAGAGACCAACUCAACACAAAGGAACGGACCCUUGGAGAAAAAAAACAGCAAAAACAAAAAAAAACAAAAAACAAGAUCAACAACAAAAACUCUUACUACAAGGGCGUGAUUGUGGACAAAAAAAAUCUCUUCACUUUAAAAGAAGGACAACGGACAGAAGCGAGGGAGGAGGAGAAGAAACAGGAGUCAGCAUAUUCUUUUGGACCUGUUCAUCUGUGUUGGUGGAAGUCAUCGUGAUGCCGAGAGAAGGUUAAGAGGCAGUUUUUUAAGCAGCACAGGUGCUGCCGCUUGUGUUGUAAUUUCACAAAAAAGAGGUCACAUUCAUCCUUAAAGGACCCCCUGAAGUUCAGCAAAGUGAGCCAAGACAACCACGUGUGCAGAUACAACAGCUCACUUGCACACAAUUUGCGCUUCCUGUCUACACUCCCUUGUUCUACUUUCAACUUUGAAUUGGGGUCAAAGCGUGAAUGGGACGCUCUUAACCCUCUUUGCGGACUUUAAGAAUACACUUGGAGUUGCAUAAGAGGAGUGCCAUGAAAAGCCUACUGCUGGGCUGGGGGCUGCUGACCCUCCUGCAGCUUGGCACAUUGUUGGCAGUCCCUGCUGCAGCAGGUGUCACCAACGGAGAGCGAGGAGGACUCGGGAGAGGCCAACGCAAAGGAGGUGGAGGAGGAGGUGGCAAUGCAGAGAGGAAAAGGAGGUUCCACCGCAUCCAGCAUGGCCAGUGCAGCUACACCUUCAUCCUCCCGGAGAUGGACGGGUGCCAGGGCGGAGGACCGCAGCCGGAGCAGUAUGGCGGCUCUCACGCAGGGUCGAGCGUGGUGCAGAGGGAUGCUCCACCCAUAGACAGCGAGUGGUCGACACAGAAGCUGCAGCACCUGGAGACGGCGAUGGAAAACAAUACACAGUGGCUGAGGAAGCUUGAGAACUUCAUCCAGAAGAGCAUCAGGCCGGAGAUGGUUCAGAUCCAGACUCAUGCCGUGCACAACCAGACAGCCACCAUGCUGGAGAUUGGAACCAACCUCCUCACACACACUGCAGAGCAGACGCGCAAACUCAAUGUGGUGGAGGCUAAGGUGCUGAACCACACAUCCAGGAUAGAGAUCCAGCUCCUGGAGAACUCUCUGUCCACCAACAAGCUAGAGAAAGAGCUGUUACUGCAGACCUCAGAGAUCAGCAGGCUGUGUGACAAGAACAGCCGGCUGGAGAGUAAGGUUCAGAUGCUGGAGUCUCAGCAGAGAGGGGCGCUGGACAACAUGAAAGAGGAGAAGAACCGACUACAGUCUCUUGUCAGGACCCAGAUGACAGCCAUUGAGUCACUGGAGAGGCAGCUGAGGAUUGCCAGUAGCAACAACACCGCUCUUCAGAGACAGCAGGCCCAGCUAAUGGAGUCUGUCCAUACACUUAUCAAUAUGGUGACUAGUACUACAGGGUCACCUCCUAAGAACCACAGAUGGCAGGACUGUGCUGAGGCUUAUAAGGCAGGCCACUCCAUUAAUGGUCAAUACCACGUCUACAUAGGCAACAUGACUGAGCCCAUACAGGUUUACUGUGAUAUGGAAACGAGUGGAGGAGGCUGGACGGUGUUUCAACGAAGAAUGAAUGGCAAUGUGGAUUUCCAGAGGACCUGGAAAGAAUACAAAAUGGGUUUUGGGGAUGUAUCAGGUGAGUAUUGGCUGGGAAAUGAGCUACUCUACCAGUUGACCAGCCAGGGUCAGUACUCUCUCAGAGUGGAGCUGCAGGACUGGGAGGGAAACACGGCACACUCCAGCUAUGACCGCUUUACCCUGGCCAGUGAGAAACAGCACUACAGAUUGUAUCUGAGGGGUUACAGUGGUACUGCAGGAAAGCAGAGCAGUCUGGCAUCUCAUGGGACACAGUUUAGCACCCGGGACCAAGACAACGACAAUUGUGACCACUGCAAGUGUGCCCUGAUGCUCACUGGGGGUUGGUGGUUUGAUGCCUGUGGUCUCUCCAACCUUAACGGUAUCUACUACACCGUCGGACACAACAUCAGGAAACUCAAUGGUAUCAAGUGGCAUCACUUCAGAGGCCCUAGUUACUCCCUUCGCUCCACUGCCAUGAUGGUACGACCCUACGACUUCUAA